AUGGAUUUUAUGAAUUGGGUACCACCGGAUAUAACUAAUAUCUGUGCUGAAACCGUAGCGCCUUUGACACAAUGCUCGCCGACGGGAUUUAUGUUUUUAACGCUAGUUGCUAGAUUAUUUGGUGGUUCCGUGGAAAAUAAGAUUUCCCUACCUAAAGUUAACCCUUAUUUAAAAAAUCCGCAUGGGUUAACAUCAAAUAUUUUUAAUGUACCUGAAAAAAUUGAUUCCGAUGACACAAAUAUUCCUCAAUUAGGACCAAGCCUUAUUUCUUCUGAGAUAAAAACGAGGCCAUCGGUCACAGAACUUGGUCCAAUCGUAGAACCGAUUGUAUAUCCAAAAAAUCAAAAAUUAAAUAAUCUUGCUCAAGAGUAUCCCGACCUUCAUAUCUACACAGAACAUUACAGUAGACCAGAUUUUGAGUUUGAAUAUGAAUCUUUCGCCAAUCCAUUUACUAAAUAUUUCUCAAGAAAUCCGAACUUUCAUCACUAUGGUAUACAAAAAAGCUACGCUGAUAGUGAUACAGCAGAUUCAAGUAAAGUGACAGUCAAGGUAAAGAAAAGUGACAAAAAAAGCAGCAGUAGAAACAAAAGGCAAACACAAGAUGAGUACGACUUUAUUAUUGUGGGUGCAGGAUCUGCUGGAUGUGUGAUUGCUAAUCGUUUAUCUGAAGUUGAAACAUGGAAGAUAUUGCUACUUGAAGCUGGCACUGAAGAACCAGACGUUACGAGUGUCCCCGGCUUGGCACCGACUUUGGGCGGAUCUAAUAUCGAUUGGAUGUAUACGACGCAACCAGAAGAACGAACUUGUAGAGCACAGAGAGGACAAACUUGCGCAUGGCUAAGAGGCAAAUCGAUGGGAGGAUCUAGUGCUAUAAACUAUAUGGUAUAUAUGAGAGGAAACCGAAGAGAUUAUGACUCUUGGGCAGAAAUGGGAAAUCAUGGAUGGAGUUUUCAAGAG